AAAAUGUGAGUUUGUGAAAGGCACAGAUGGGCACGAGGACUCUCUCAGUAGUACCACUGAGACAGCACCUCUCAAUUUGAUUAGCACAGAGCGGGGGGAACAAAAACAAACAAAAAAAAACUAUUCGUGUUAAGAAACCAGAGGUGACGCAGAGCAGGAUCAUGUGUUACUGGAAGCUUUGAGAAGAUUAGGAGCUGCAGAGGGGAGGGUGGACGUACUGCAUAAAAUACUUACAGGCCAUCUGACCAUAACCUGCUCACUGAUCAUAAACCACUACUAGAGAACCAUAAUGGAUCAACCACUGACUCAUCAAGUGCUCCUACUUUUCUGCUUCUUCAACAUAGUUGUCUGGGCCUGUCCACCUGAAUGCAGAUGUGUAGGAACCAAAGUCUUCUGCAAUGGUCUCCCUGACUUCCCCACGAAUCUGCCCUCAAAUACAGCCGAACUCUACUUUUCUAAAUGCAGUUUUUCCUCUUUAAAACCUGAGGAUCUCACUGAUUUCUCUAAUGCUCUGAGCAGCUUUCUGAUCAAAGAGACACAUUUGAAGGAGGUGCAUCCUGGAACCUUUGAUUCUACUGUAAACCUUGGUGCCUUAGGGCUUACUAGCACUGACUUACAAGAUCUCCCUGAGGACUUGUUCCAACAUCUUCAGAAACUGGACUCUCUGAAUCUGAAGUUGAACAGGCUCUUGCUAGUCCGGCCUCAGUGGUUUUCCCUGUUGACUGGCCUCAAGCAACUUGACCUCAGUAAGAAUCUUGUCACUUCUUUACCUGUAGAAACUUUUCACCCUCUCACAAAGCUGCAGUACCUUUCACUGUCAGGAAACAAUAUCAGUCACAUCUUUAGAGAGACAUUUAAGGGUCUCUCUGAGCUGAAAAUAUUACGCCUUAAUAAAAACAUGCUAAAGGAACUCCCUGUUGGUAGUUUGGAUGAUCUUGAGAACCUAGAGGAACUAUCUCUACAUGACAAUCAAAUCACUCACCUUCAGCACGACUUGUUCUCUAAGACUCUGAAACUGCAGAAGCUGUUCCUCUCCAACAACAGGCUGACAUCUCUUCCACAAGGCAUCUUUUUAAACCUGCCCCUGCUUUCCCAGAUAUCCCUGUAUGAAAACCAGCUGGAGAGUCUGGGUCCAGGGGUGUUUGGGCCCAUGGCUCUGCAGGAGUUGUGGUUGUAUGACAACAAGCUGAGUCGUGUGGAGGAGGACACAUUCAGGAACCUCACUCAGUUACGUCUCCUGGUACUCAGUCGAAACCGGAUCCACUAUGUAUCCACUGGUGCAUUUAGAGGGUUGGAGAAGCUGGGGGAAGUAUCACUGCACACCAAUCUGCUCACAAGCCUACAAAAAGGAACUUUCCAGGGACUCCCAAAUCUUGUCAACAUUUCCUUGGAGCACAACUUUAUCAGCUCCCUCCCCUUGGGUUUUCUCCAAGGUGUAAAAAACCUGGGACAGAUAGACCUGCGGAACAAUUCCUUCUCUAACCUGCCACAACAGAGUCUGGAUGCCCUCACUGUUGCACAAGAGGUCCUUCUGCAGGUGAACCCCUGGACGUGUGACAAAGAUAUUCUACCUCUCAGGCAAUGGCUGAGACAGCAUCCAACUAAGGUAAACCAAACCCUAGUGCUGUGUGAAAUUCCUUUCAAGCUAACUGGUGAGGUAAUUGCUACUCUGACAGAUGAGACCCUGAGUCCUCACAGCUAUACAGAAGAACCUGUUGUGACUUCGACAGAGAAAAGAAGGAGACCCCACACACCUCCGCCCAAACGAAGCACUCCGUCCCCUGCUGUCAAGACCACACCCACUUCUGAAAAUGAGGAGGUGACAAGUGGUGAACAAGGGGAUGGUGGAACAGUUUCUAAAGAUUCUUCAAUCAUCUUAAUUGUCAUCGCAGUAGUGUGCACUGCCAUCAUCAGCAUUGUCAUCAUCAGCUGUGUGUGCUGGAGAAGGAACAGGAGAGGCAAAGGAGAUAUAGGUCGCAGGAAUAAGAACUCUGUGUUGUAGAUGAGACUCUAAAACAUGAGCAAGCCAGGAACUUUUCAAGCCAAGGAAAACUGCUUCAUGAUGACUAUGCCUUACUCGAAAAAUAAAGAACAUUGAGUUGAAACCUCAAAGGGAAUACAAAGAACCGCUGGAGCUCCAUUCAAAAGUAAAGAGACUUGAUAUUUAAUACAUUAACUUUCAGUUUCAAUCAAAUUUACAGAACCAGUCAGUAAUUUUAGUCAAUUUUGCAACAAACAGAGGAAAAAAAACUCAUAUAUUAGUAAUUAAAAUCUCAAUCUCAAUUUCUUCUUUUUUUUUCUUUUUAAAUUUUGUCAGACAGAUAAGAAAAAACAUUUUUUGUUUUUCGUUACCUUGACAUGUUCCGGGUAUACCUGUAGCCUUCCUCAGAAGGGUCCUGUGAUGUUGCUGUGACGUGUCUUGCCAGGCUUGCCAGACAGGACGACUAUGCACCCUGCUGUCUGGAUUCCUGCAUACAACAGCAUCCUGGGUGUGGGAUAAUGUGUAUGGUCCCUCAUCUCUGUUGAUUAUGACCUACUAAUAGUAAAUACAAAUCAAUGCCAUAUUAUCUUGUGUCUAACCUGGAAAUUUUGUAAAUGUAAACUAAAAUGACGUGAAGCAGUGUGCCUCUUUUAGGGAAUUUAAGAAUUUUUUUUUUACUCUUCCUUUUUUUAUUCUGCCUGGUUGCUAAUGACUUUUGUGCUAACAACAAUACAUUUAGAAGACAGUUUAUUCUUUUGGUUUGGAAAAAUGUUAUAUGGAACAUAAACUGUAUAAUCAAGUAUGCAAGCCUCUGCUAUUUCUGCUGUGACACAAUGCUAUACAAAAUGCCUCUGAAUAAUGAAUAAAUACAAAGCUUUUCUUCA